CUUCUUCUUCUGACUGGCUUUGUGGCUGGCUUUAGCUCAACUUUCAUUCGAAGAUCCAGAUUUUGGCAGCUGCAGGUGCUCUCUGCAACGAACAGAAGCAAGUGAAAGAAUGCAGAUGAGCCUCUAAAUCUUUGGAGCAAUGAUAGCUCACGACUCAGUGAGAAUGCCUCGGAUGAAAGAGGCGCUAGUACAAACAGUCUUCAUCCUCUCAUUAAGCAUUCCAUUUGGCAAUUCCGAAUCCUUUGACAACAUUUCUUUCAAUUUCCCAUCUUUUCAAUUGAACGAUGAGAGAAUAACUUUUCAGGGCAAUGCCUCCGUGCUGAACUCCAUCAUCCAACUCACUAUAGGUGAGCCAUUGGAGGAACCCAUAUAUAUAGUUGGCCGAGCAUUAUAUCAUCAACCCAUGCACCUGUGGGAUAGCUCAACAGGGAAUGUGGCAGAUUUUGUCAGCCAGUUUACUUUCUCUAUCAAUUCCCGUAUGAAACCCCUUCAUGCUGAUGGAUUCGUUUUCUUUCUCGCUCCCAGUGGAUCGCAGAUCCCUGAACGCUCAGAAGGAGGCUUUCUAGGCCUCACAGGUUCAAAUCCAAACUCUACCAACUCUAGUACCGCAUUUGUUGCGGUAGAGUUUGAUACUUUCUAUAACCAUUCAACAAAUCCAUGGGAUCCGCUCUGUUAUCAUGUGGGUAUUGAUGUAAAUAGCCUGACUUCUGUCAGUAAUACUUGUGUCUCAUGGAUGAAUGACAAGAUACUCCUUGGUCAGCGACUCCACGCUCAGGUCACAUACAAUUCUAGAGCAAUGAACUUGAGUGUUGUUUUUAGAGAUGAUGCUGAUAAUUAUACCAGCCUCUACUAUCACCCAAUCAAUCUGACAAAGUACUUGCCGGAAUGGGUGGUUUUCGGUUUCGCGGCAACAACAGGGCAGUUGUUUGAGGCUCAUACAAUUUUCUCGUGGGAAUUUAACUCUAGUCUACGAACCCUUGACAAAAAGAGUAAGUCAUGGGUGAAGGGCGAUAUCUUAGGCUUAAUCUCUUUGGUGUUUCUUAUCCUUGUUGCAGGAUUUGGCUGGUAUGGUUAUAAGCUAACGAGAAAUGGAAAUGAUCAUAGUGGAGAAGAAGAAGAUGUUCUGACGGUUGACGAAGGAUUUGAACAAUCAAAGGGACCCAAGAAGUAUUCCUACAAGGUCUUGGCUGUUGCGACUAACAACUUUGCCAAUAGUCGGUUGCUUGGGGCAGGGGGUUUCGGAGAAGUGUAUGAAGGCCACCUUGCUGAUGCAAAAUCCCAUGUCGCCAUCAAGAAGAUCACUCCAAAUUCCAAACAAGGCAUAAAGGAGUAUGCCACUGAAGUGAAGACGAUUAGACAUCUCAGGCAUAAAAAUUUGGUGGAGCUCAUCGGCUGGUGUCAUGAGAAAAACGAGUUCCUCCUUAUGUAUGAGUUCAUGGCUAAUGGUAGCUUAGACUCUCAUUUGUUCAAAGAUAAAAUUCCGCUGACAUGGGAAAGGAGGUACAAUAUUGCUCAAGGCAUCGCCUUGGGGCUGAAAUACUUGCAUGAGGAUUUGAAACACUGCGUUGUGCACAGGGAUAUAAAGUCUAGCAAUAUCCUACUCGACGCACAUUUUGAGGCUAAGUUGGGCGAUUUUGGCCUAGCACGGAUGUUUGACCAUGCCAAAGGGUCGCAAACCACUGUAUCGGCUGGGACACUAGGAUAUUUGGCCCCUGAAUGUAUCUACAAAGGCAAGGCAAGUAAGGAAUCUGACAUCUACAGCUUUGGAGUUGUACUCCUAGAAAUAGCCUGUGGACGAAAAGCUAUCGACCUGAGGGCAUCAGAAGACCAAGUCCAACUGGUGGAGUGGGUUUGGGAGCUCUAUGGAAUUGGAAAGUUAUUAAAUGCAGCGGAUCCAAAGUUAGGAAAAAAUUUCGACACAAGACAAAUAGAGUGCUUAAUGAUUGUCGGCCUCUGGUGUGCUCAUCCGGACCCUAAGGAACGGCCUCCCAUAAGCAGGGCAAUAGCCUUUUUGAACUUCGAUGCUUCCCCGCCCAUUCUCCCACUAAAGUUGCCCAUCCCGACAUAUAUCGCACCUCCAACUUCGACGCCUGAAUUGUCACACAUUUCGUCCUCCAACUUCAGAAGCAGUGAACCAUCGAGCACUUACAGUACUGAACCGUCCGCAUUUACCAGCUCUUCCUAGAAAUCUUCAAGUUCAGCUUCUUCUGAAUUUCUUUCGAACGCAGAGUAAGUUCACUGCUUUUAUGGGUUAUGUAUUGCAACUUUGUGUCCUACUAUCAGUAAGUAUUACAUGUAUAUAAGCACUGCUGCUUAUUGCUGCGGCUUGUUAUAUUGGACGGAAUUGACUGUUCUGUGGAAGCCGAAGCCGGAGAAUCUUGUUUCCCUGUAAUGUUAACGACCUGGAACUAUUGCUGCGAGCGUCGGUGGUUGUCAUUACUAAUUAGUCAUC